AUGCCGGAUAAGUACGAUGAAGUUGGGGACACCGUCCUGCGACCGCACUAUUUCGCCCACGUCGUUCUCCGAACUGCAAAUUAUCUGCCCAUGAGGGAGUUCUACAAGACCUUUCUCGGGGGUCAUACUACCUACGAGAACGAGAAGCUCUGUUUCAUCACCUACGACGAAGAGCAUCACCGCAUAGCCAUUAUAAACCUCGCUGAUACCGGGCCCAAGAUCGCUAGCAGCGCAGGUCUAGAGCACAUUGCAUAUGCUUUUAAAAGUCUGGAGGAUCUUGCCGUGACGUACCGGCAACGCAAAGCUCGUGGGAUUGUGCCUGUCUGGAGCGUGAAUCAUGGACCGACAACGAGCAUGUACUACAAGGACCCUGACGGUAACAAGAUUGAAGUACAGGUCGAUAACUUCGAUACGGUCCAAGAAGCUACAGAAUUCUUCCACACCAAGGAAUUCGCUGAAAAUCCCAUUGGCGUCGACUUUGAUCCCGAGGACUUGAUACAGAGGUUGAGAUCGGGCGAGGAUCCAAAGGCCAUCAUGAAAAGACCUAAUAUUGGGCCAAGGACCAGUUUCAACCGUCCUUAG